AUGAACGAUAUUGAUAACGAAGCAUCUUCGACCAAUUGCGGCUACAUCACGCCACCCUUGUCUCCUACCAAAACCAUCAGCACCGAAGGCUGGCUUUCCCCUAGGACCCCAGGGUCGCCUCGCAAAAUUCGCAGCUGUUUAUUCUUUCGAGACAUCGACAAUGGCGCAGAUAGUCCUUUUCUCACUCCUCCGUCAUCUCCUACCAAGUCUAAACUCAUCUCUCGCUUUGGAGCGCUUUCCAUUGCAGAGCUACUUACAACUCCCUGCGCUCUCACCCCGCAUUCAGACAAUGAUUCGCCCAUAAAACGAGAUGCAUCCCAAAGAUCUGAUCGAUAUAUUUCGUGUCGGUCACCCACGCUCACUCGCUUAUGCAGUCGUUCUUUGUUUGAUACCAGCAGUGUUUUCGGUGAAGAAGUUCUCAGUCCCUCAGCUAUAGCCGGCAGAUCUAAUUCACCUCGCACUGGGCCAUUGUCGAAAGGAAGCAGACAGGACUAUCGCAGCUUUUCGGAAAGUCUAGUUGGCGAACUUACCUCCAGAUCAUCGUCCACAGCAACCCUUUCAGAUACGGUCACCACAGAUAACGAAAGUCUACUAUCCCCAUCCCCGACUCGUACCAACCCAUCUGCCGAGGAAAGGUCCUCAACAAACAAGCUCCGCCGGCUUCCCCUCCGCCGUGCCAGCUAUCCUUUGAGGCCAAGUCAAUGGGAGACACGCGAGGGUCUGCUGUCGUCACCACGCCAGAGCACGCCAGAUCGCUUCAUCUCAUGUCGUCGUCCACCUGCUGUUACUCGAGAAAGUUUCGAACUAAACAAGCCUACAGAACGUCUAGAAACUGAACAGAUUGCAUACCGCGGUGGCCGUUUGGCUGCAGAUGUGUUCAGUCGCCGCCUACGUAGAAGUGGACGCUUGAACGAUGAGCUACGCGGACUGAGGCAAGCCCACUCCAUGAUCAUAGAAAGACCUAGUACGAGUCGAAGGAACGCCAAUUCCCGACGCAGCCCUCCCCCUUUAAGCGUCCGCCAGGUCAGCGCUGGCGCCGUUUGGAAUGUCGGAGGGCCGUCUGCCGUGAGCGAUACCGUAGUGGGAGUCUCAACAGGUAGAGGCGGUAUGCUCGGCCGUGGAACGAACGCGCCUCUCUACAAGUCCGCUUUCCUCAAUCGAGCAGAUCCAGAGGCGGAGCUUGAAGCGUACGAACGGCGUCUUGCACUAGCGCUCAAUGUUGAUCAGACCGACCGCAUCUUGCAACAUUCGAAACCUGCUACUCUCUACCAAGCGAACAACGUUGGAAUGUCAUCACAGGCACAGCACGUUUGGCGUGAUGGGGCUUGGACUAAAGACGGGCUUAAUUCAUUACUUGAUGCUCCUCAAUUACGAGACGACUAUUACUGCACCUUGCUCGCUUACUCUCACACUGCAAAGUGCCUCGCGGUAGGGCUAGGAAACUUUGUUCACAUCUGGUCAGAGCGAAAUGGUGUGAGUACUCCGGGGUCCCUCAACUCGGACCCGCCAGAUGGUACUGUAGAUGUCCAACACGUCGCCUCUUUAGACUUCUCCUCCACCCAAGGUGGUCAGGCGAUCCUCGCAGUAGGGCGAGCGGACGGCCGCAUCUCACUUUGGAGCCCAUUUGAUCCAGAACCGCGCUUCGAUGCUACCCAGCCGAAUCCAGUGUCAUGCGUCUCCUGGAGGCCAACCACUGCCCAGCGCCCUUCGCUCCGGGACCGAGCUAUGAAUGUGCCAACGGAGGAGUUAAUCAUUGGGGAUGAAGUAGGACACAUCUACUUCUACAGCAUCGAGUGGCCUUCAGAGACACAAAGUGCGCUGUUUGGCUGGAAUGGAGCUAUGACACUACUUGCUCGCUUGAAAAUUCAUACCCAACAGAUCUGUGGACUUGCAUGGUCAAUGGACGGUCAUCUGUUCGCAAGCGGAGGUAAUGAUAACAACUGUUUCUUAUUCGAAACGAAGAAAGUACUCCAGCCCAACAACACUAACGAAAGCACCUCGGCGAUCCUGGACAUUCGCGAUGGAUCAGGUGGUGAGUCGAUCUACACUGUCACCAAUCGUUCCAGCCCGGUCCUUCAUCUGUCACAUACUGCAGCGAAACACAAGUGGACUCUCAAUGCAGCCGUUAAGGCCAUGGCUUUCUGUCCAUGGCAGCGCGGACUCAUCGCCAUCGGCGGUGGUUCAAAUGAUCGAUGCAUUCACUUCUAUCACACUCGGUCCGGCACGUGUCUCGCGAGUAUCGACUGCGCUGCUCAGGUCACUAGCCUCGUUUGGUCUCAGACUAGACGUGAAAUAGCGGCAACGUUUGGCUUUGCACAGCCCGACCAUCCGUAUCGUGUCGCUGUAUUUGCGUGGCCGAGCUGCGAACAAGUGGUUGCUGUGCCAUGGUGGGAUGAAAGUCGUGCGCUGUGUGCUGUUGCAUACCCGGGUGGUCCAACGACUGGCCCGCAGUCAAGUGAAAGUCGAGAUGGUGGGAGAGCAAGAGGUGAGGAUGGUGUGUGGUCUAGACGGGGUGUCGAGGAAGGCUGCAUUGUCGUUGCAGCCAGUGACAUGGCAAUCAGAUUCCAUGAGAUUUGGAGCGAUAGGCGUGGCAGUGUGGGCUCAGGGGGCUUGCUGGGCAGUGAAACAGCGGGGUUGUUAGGAGGCAGUGAUAUUCUUGAGGGACUGCAUGGUAUUCAGAGGGUGGGUACUGUGAUUAGAUGAAGCGGUCAUUGUUAGAUUACCAGCAGUUCUCGUCAAUUCUGAAUAUGGGCAUUGCUGUCUGGUGGUAGUGAGCCACUUUGGGAAGCGCAGAUAGUUGCUCGAGUCGGGUGCUUAACCAUGGCCGUCAGUCUGAGUGCGUAAUAGUGUCCGCGCUG